AUGACCGCCGUGCCCCAACCUUUUGCGCAGGCGCCGACGCCGACGUCGGCACUGCUGAUGCCUGUCGCCGAAGCUCCACCACCACUGCCUCCCAAGGAUACCAGCGGCGCCGCACUGCUUGACAGCAGCAUUGACGCCCGGCGCAGCAUGACGGCCGACCCGUCCACUCCGCCGGGCUUGGGCGCGGCGACUACCCCGACAGCUACCCUGCCGCCCAACGCCAACGUCCAUGCCAACACCCUCGCCGAGCCGACGCUUGCCCUGCCGCAAUCGCAAUCACUACUGUACCCUCACCAACAACAACAUCAUCCCAAUCUCACAUCGCGCCUCAGCGCGCUCUUCCACGCCGGACCAGGACAACACGCGGUGCCCGCCAUGUCCAGCACGACGGUGCCCGACUCGCCAGGCCCCGUCGUACCCGGAGUGGACGGUCUGGACAUGGUGACCUUCAAGGACCGGAACGCACUCAAGGUUCUCGUCGUUACGUGGAACAUGGGCGAUGCCUUGCCCAAAGGCGAUUUGAGUGUCCUCCUCGGCGACGUCCCGACAUACGUAGCGGAUGAGUACCAGGCCGAUCCAUCGUCGGGUCUGCCUCUGCUUCCUAUCGAGAACGUGCACCCCUACCACGUUAUCGUGUUCGCCGCGCAGGAAUGUCCCACGCCCAGCGGUGUUCCCCGCGGUCUCGGCGCCGGACUUAUGAAGGGCAAGGGCGUUGGUUUGCAGUGGAACGACCAAGCGAUCAAGAAGGAAGGAGUCGGAGCCAAAGAGGGGUCCAAGGAGGUGUUGAAGGACGCCAAGGAAGGAGACAAGGACGAGAAGAAGAGGGAAGGGACGGGCGACGAGGUCACGAGACCCAAGCCGCUACGACAAGAUUCUGAAAAAGACUUGCGACAGAACAGCAAGGAGGGCAAGGUGACUGGCGUCCUUGACAGUCUCAAGGUCAAGGAGGGUCUCAAGGAGAGCUUGAAGCAGAGUCUCGGGACGCUGGACACACUCGGCCUCACGGACAGGAAGGACGACAAUGGAAGCCCCGCUCCCUUGAGCGACCGCAAAAAGCUCGAACGGCUCCGCGAGACGUAUGACAUGGGAUCGAGCUCGCCUAUCCGUAUGACCUCGCCACUGUCGGAUGAGCGCCUGUUCUCACCCGCUACAGUGGAGCACAGGGUGCCAGCAGGACCCAAGGGCUGGAGUGCGAUGCUCGAAGAAUGGCUCUGUGCUGGACCUCCAAGACCCGCAACACCAGAAACCUCGCCCGGCUCAUCUGAUCAGACCCCUGCCGCCCCUACCUCCCCCAGCAAGCAGCCCAAGCCCUUACACAAGACGUCGGGCGGCUCCAAGCCGAUCGGCAUCCCCAUGCCCCCGGUCGCGGCGCUGGUGACCCCCUCACCCAUCCACACAAUGCACGCGCGUGCCACGCCCGUGGCCCGCUCGUUUGAGCCGAGCAGCAUUGCCACCAACAGCGUGUUCGGGACCAGUGCGGCAACAGACUCCUCCUUUGGCGCACCGUCCGCUGCACCACCCGGUACCAGUGUGAUGAGCAGCAAUGGCGGCUUCCUCGCCCCGCCCGCCGACUUUAACCAUCCGGGUCUGACGAGGUCGCUGAGCCAGCGGAGUAUCACCCGCUCACCGAGCGACCAAGGGCUCGAAUUGCCCGCCCCUCCGAAGUGCAUCCGCGAGCCUGGUGCAGGCCCAUACGUCAAUGUUGCCAAGGAGCGUCUUUUGGGCCUUUACAUGAGCGUGUUUGUGCACAAGGGGUGCGAGAACCUGGUGAGAGGCGUGGACAAGGACUUUGUCACUACUGGUCUCGCCGGCGGCCGGUUUGGCAACAAGGGCGGAAUUGGUAUCAGUCUCCAUCUGGGCGAGAAACGACUUCUCUUCAUCAACGCACAUCUCGCAGCGCACACGGACAGGAAUGAUGCUCGCCUUGCCAACAUUGCAAAGAUCAAGGGUUCGCUCGACCUCAACUGCUUCCUGCCGGCCGAGGACCCACGCGCGACCAUGCCAGAUCUGACCGACCGGUUCGACAGCAGCUUCUGGUGUGGUGACCUCAACUUCCGCGUGGACAUUACGCGACAGCACGCCGAUUGGCUCUUGAAACAGAACAAGUACCAAGAAGCUCUGGCUUGGGACCAGCUGCGUAAAGCAAUGGAGGACCCGCGCCACACACCCUUGCCAGGCUUUUACGAGGCUCCCAUCACGUUCAUGCCUACGUUCAAGUACGACGUGUGGAAGUCUGUGCGCGCUACGAACCGCGACAUGCGUCGGUCCAUCCGUCGCCGCAAGGCUGUGGACCGGCACGAACGGUCGUCGUCGGAGAUCAACCCAGCCACCUUGCAAGGUGUGCCCGAGGGAGCCGAGUGCGACUUGCUAGAAGAACCAGAGUAUUCGGGUUCCGACGUCGGCGACGUGACCCAUGACCAUGGAGCACCGCCGUGCAUGCCGGGCGUCUCACCCGAGAUGGGGACAAACGAACUGCCACAACAUGAAAUGUUCCCUGACGCAGAGUCGGUUCGCUCCAGCGUGUACCUCGACGAUCCACCCUUUUCGCAGGACGGAGGCGACGAGCUUGCACCCAGCGGUCAAAGUAUCCGGUCGACCGCUUCUGCCAGUGCCCUGCGGUCACCGGCCUCGACAGCAACCGUGGCCACGACUGGGACAGGAGUUAGCACUGGCCGUCCCAAGCCCUCACUGAAGGAGAAGAGCAGGAAACUGCUCAACAUUCUGAGACUGGGCAAUGGGCGACCACUGUCGCGCUCUGCCCCACGGACUGGGACGCCGGCGGAUUCUGCCCGACGCACAUCUACAUCAUCGUUCCGGUCGUUUGUGUUGUCCGAGGACGGUGUGUCGACCGUUCUGAGCGACGAUGCGACCCCGCCUGUCCAUCCCCUCGACGAUCCCUUGGGCGCUGUUGUGGGGCUGGGGCUCGGCGAAGGUAGCCCACAAGGUGUAACCAAUGUUGCCAACGGCCACGCGCACUUUGUUCCCGGGGCCGACGCCAACGGCCACACCCAUGUCCCCGGCUCUCACCCGCACCACCUGAUGCCGGGUGCUCCAAACGGCAGUGCACUGGGUACGUCUGUGAAAAGCGAGCACAGCGGCGGCGGCCACGCCCGUCGACCGUCGUCGUCGUCUGUCCGCCUUCUUUCAUCCCCACCGCGACGCCACAUUUCCCUCCGCCGCCGCAGCCCAUCUAUGCGGAGCAACCACACUGAGAACGAAGAGGCGGACGACUUUGACGACACCAAAGACAACCGCGUGGGCGUGUACGAUUCGAGCAAGAAGCAACGAAUCCCCAGCUGGUGUGACCGUGUACUGUUCAAGAGUCACAUUAUCCCCGACGACGACGUGAUUCUGGACGAGGACGACGAGGACGACGAUGAUGACUCGUCAAGGGGCAACGGACGGUUGUAUCGCCUGACACAUGUGUUUUCCAACUUUGGGUCAACACUCCGCAAGCGGUCAAUGACAUGGGACGAGUCGUUGCCGCGACCCGACCUGCCCCCAGCACCAGACACGCCACCCACUGCACCACCCACAUCCGUCCUCAUCAAUCCCGACUCGGUGCCCCCCACGCCCGUCCCCAACGCGCGCGCAACGUUUGUCAGCGAAUCGCCAGACCGGAUCCCCAACUAUGGUCCACUCAAUAACGGCGGCGACUCACUAUCCCAGUCUCCCCCCGGCCCGGCCGCGAGCCAGUUCCCCAACCGGUCCCGCAGCGUCACCUUUGACGGCCCCCAGCCGAGCACGCCGCAGCGCACGCCCAUCGAGGGCAACAACGACGUCCCCUCGCCGCUCAUGAGGCCACGCGUGGGCACCAGCGUCUCGAUUGAUUCCGCCGCAUCACGAUCGCCCACGGCAGCCACGGGCACCAGUCCGUCGGCAACCAGCGUGCUCGGCUUGAACCGCCGCGUCUCGUCUGCCAGCCGCCGAGGCUCCGUGUCGUCGCGCCGGGGAUCUAUCGGGUCGCGCAGGAAGAGCGCCGACCCGGCCCACCCAACGGCAUACAUGCCCCAGCUGACCCACGCGCGCACCACCGGCCACUCGCUCGACGACUACCACCAGCACCGGUUCACCGACCCGAACCUGCACGCUGUCCCGACCGGCCCGCGCGCGCAGGGCUCGGGCUUGUUCUCCAAGCUGCUCCGCAACCUGCCUGGAAAGCUGGCCUCGCGCGUGUCCCUCUUCCACGGCAGCGACGCGGGCCACGGCGCCGACGGCGGGGACCUCCUCGCGCCGCGCAGGCACCUCGCAGGCGAAGUGCGCGUGCUGCACUACGGCACGAUCGACGACGCGGGCAUGCGGCAGUUGGAGGGACGGAGUGAUCACCGUCCAGCGAUUUUCGCGGCUGCAGUGUAUGUGUGA